GGACAAUGGAGGUUAUGGGUCACACAUGACAUGAGCAAACAGAACACGAUGUUGGGUUGUUAAUGCGUGUGGAAUAUGAUAUGGGUCUGGUUGAUGUGUCAACAUGGACUCCAUGACACUCCCCUUUUCUUCCUUUCUACUUUCCCAUCAAAUCCCUGUCACAAUCACACUACAUUCGACAAUUCCCAACGCUGAGAACAAGAAAGAAGAUAAAAACCCUUGUUUUCCUCACAAAAUUUUGAUCCCAAUACCCAGAUAUCAGAUAUGUGGCUGUUUAGAAGACCAGGGCCCUCCGGAUUCUCGCAGUAUUCAACCGCCGAGCAGGUUACCGAUGGGAUUGACGCCUCUGGUCUCACCGCCAUUGUUACAGGAGGAUCAAGUGGAAUUGGGCGUGAAACAGCUCGUGUUCUAGCGCUGCGUGGGGCAAAUGUGGUGAUGGGUGUCAGGAAUAUGGCAGCCGGAAAACAAGUUCAAGAAUCAAUAGUCACUGAAAUCCCAACAGCCAAAGUUAAAGCAAUGGAAUUGGAUCUUAAUUCCAUGGAAUCUGUUAGGAAAUUCGCCUCUGAUUUUAAUUCAACUGGUCAAUCAUUAAACCUGUUGAUAAACAAUGCAGGUAUAAUGAUGACUCCAUUCAUGCUUUCUAAAGAUAAAAUCGAACUACAGUUUGCCACCAAUCAUCUAGGUCACUUUCUUCUCACCCAUCUCUUGCUUGACAAUAUGAAGAAAACUGCGCGUAAAAGCAAGAAAGAGGGAAGGAUUGUGAAUGUAUCAUCAGAGGCCCAUAGGAUUACGUAUCCCGAAGGAAUCCGUUUUGAUAAAAUUAAUAAUGAAAAAGAGUACAGUAAAUAUCAAGCAUAUGGUCAAUCAAAGCUAGCCAACAUUCUCCAUGCUAAUGAGCUUACAAGACAACUAAAGGAAGAGGGAGCAGAAAUAACCGCAAAUUCUCUGCAUCCGGGAGUAAUCUCAACAAAUUUAUUCCGCCAUAUUUUCACUCCUCCCAGCUUUGCUGAAGGUUUUGUUAGCAAGCUCAGCAGCUGUGUGAUGAAAAACGUUGAGCAGGGGGCAGCAACAACGUGUUAUGUAGCAUUACAUCCGGACGUGAAAGGGGUGAGUGGUGAGUAUUUUUCAGAUAGCAAUUUGGCGAAAACAACAGAGAUGGGUAAAGAUAUGGAUUUGGCAAAAAGAUUGUGGGAAUUUAGCUCGAAUUUAAUUAAGUAAACAUGCUCCAAAUUGUUGGGUGCAAAUAUAUAGAUUCUGAUUUGUCUUAAUGUAAAACAAGAAUUCGUAUCGUCAAUGCUUGCAUUGGAGAUAUAUAUAUAUAAAUCGCCCUUUUCGUUUCCCUUUCCCUUUCCCUUAAAUAGAUUUGUCUGUU